AGGGGACAGAGACUGACAUGAAUCCCAUGGCCAGUGAGGUAACCAAUGGUGGCACCCAGUGAGACCCUAAAUGAGACCCAGCAGAGUCCCUGGAUGCCAAGGCCCCUAAGACUCUGUGAGUUAUGAAUGCAUCCAUAGGUUGUGGGCCAACAAGUCUGCACCCAUGGGAGAGGCUGUGGAGCUCUGUGCCCCCAGACCCUGCCCCUAUGAGCCCUCUCUGGGCAAACACAGCAGCCUCUUGCUUUCUGUGAGUUCUUCUAAUGCACGUUUGGAUUUGAGCCCCUUGUUUAUCUGUUCCUGCCUAGAGUCCCAAGUUCUGCUGGGAGUCUACAGUAGGUUAACAGAGACAGUCCUUGAACAGGAAACUCCAGUGCCAACUCUCUGCCAGGGACAGGGACAUGGCCCACACCUGCUGCUGCCUGGGCCUCACUGCCAUGGAGUCUGGUCUGUGGGAGCUCACAGGGAGGCCCUGAGUGGUGUCAGCCCAGGGCUCAGCCCCCUUCUGUGAGUCUGGCUCAGCUCCUGCCUGGCCAAAGCUGGAGUCUGCUCAUGGUGACCUGUGCCCAGGCCCUGGGACGCCCUGUUCUCUCCCCACACAGCAGUCCUCCCCAGUCCCCGAAAAGCAAUGAGAAACAAUGACCAGGGUGCCUCUCACUUCCCCUGCCUGGCAGUGGCCCUGCUUCCGGGAAGAGCACCUUCAGUGUCACUUUCCUGUCCCUGCAGGGUCAGGGCCCUGAGCUCUGGGCUCCUCCCUUCCCUGCUGCUGCUCAGAUUCCUGCCUGAGGAGGGAAGAGCCUGGGGAGGUUUCAGUCCUCUGCUCCUCACUCAAGGUGCAGUUUUCCUGUGUGCUGAGCCUGGCCCUGACCUGCACUGCCCAGGGAGGACAGGUGUGGGCAGCAGGGCUUCACCACACCCCGCACAUUCAGCUCUUCUAGGGGAUAUACAGAAGAGCUCCACUCUGACACCACAAACCUGUUUUCUCCAAGGACCUGCUCCCUCCAGUGCGGUUGGCACCCCCAGGUCCUCCUCCUGCAUACCGUCUACAUAGAGGACGCCACUUCUGCUUGUUACAGCCUUUGCACGGUUUGUAAAAAUUUGAAGAUGAAGAGCCAAACCUCCUCACAGCAAGCCUGGGGUUUCAUUCGCUCACAUCUGGAGCAGGGGAACCUUCGGGAAGCGGCUUCUGCAAUCAAAGCUGCCCUGGAAGACAUGGAGAAUGAGCCCCUGAGCAUCGCAGUGACAGGGGAGAGUGGAGCAGGAAUGUCCACUUUCAUCAAUGCCCUGCGGGGGACGGGGGAUGAAGAGGAAGAUGUGGCUCCCACGGGGCCGGUGGCGAUAACCCUGCAGGCAACUGCGUACACUCUUCCAAAGUGCCCGGGGGUGACACUGUGGGACCUGCCCAGCCUCGGGCGCCCUGACUUCCCACUGCAGGAGUAUCUGAAGGAAAUUCCUGAGUGCGACCUCUUCUUUAUCAUCUUUGCUACCCGCCUCAAAUGCAUCGAUAUAGAGUUGGCUAAAGCUAUUGCACAAAUGAAGAAGAAGGUGUACUUUAUUCAGACGAAAAUUGAUAAUGCUUUAGUCAGUUGUCAAAAAGCGCGGCCACUGACCUUUGAUAAGGACAAGGUCCUGCAAGAGAUCCGAAAUUACGGUCUGGCACAGUUGGAGGAGGCCAGGGUGGCAGCCGAUAAGAUCUUCUUGGUCUCCAGCCUUGAUGUGUGUGCCUACGACUUCCCUGAGUUGCAGAGCACCCUCGUGAGGGACCUGCCUGCCCACAAGCGUCACGCCUUCAUGCAGCGCCUGUCCAGCGUUACGGAAGCCGCUGUCAAUGGGAAGAGAGAUUCCCUGAAGCAGAAGAUCUGGCUGGAGGCCCUGAAGGCCGGAGCGUGGGCCGCCGUCCCUCUCGUGGGCCUCUUCAGUGACAGUGAAAGAAAGAAGCUGGAGGACACCCUGAGCCUGUACAGGUCCCACUUUGGGCUGGAUGACGAAUCCCUAGAAAAGAUGGCCCAGGAUUUGCACGUGUCCCUGGAGGACCUCAAGGCAAACCUGCAGUCUCCAGACUUGCUGUCAGCCGAGAGCGAUGAGUCCUUCUGGGAGAAGACAAAGCAGAUGGUUGAGAUGGUUCUUUUAGUCACCGGAGGACCCAUUGCCACCGGCCUUCAAUUUACAAAGACAUUUUAUUUACAAAAUUAUUUCCUGGACAUUGUGGCAAGUGAUGUGAAAGCUCUCCUUGCAAAAGAAGACCUUUUCAGUGCCUCUGUUGGCUCUGCGGGGCUACAGAAAGAGGGAAACUGAGGUGGCCUGAGCCUCCUGCUCUCCUGGCUCAGGGCACUGGGGUGGCUACUGAGGUCCCCUGAGGCAGCUGGCCAGGCUGGAUGCGCUCAGAUGUGACCCCUGCUGGUGAGCAUGGUACAGGAGGCUGGCCUUAUGCCAAGAGGAGCGGACAUCUCACUGUGACUCCGCAGCCUGCUUCUUCCACACCAGGGACUCCGCUCACCGAAGACGCGGCAGCCAAGAACUGCUGGGCGGUCCGCCACAGCCCAGUAUACGUUACAGGGAAGUGUGCAUUGCAUGUCUGUAAUGUCCCUGGUGUUCUGCCACAAGUGUUCAUUCCUGUCAUUAUAGGACAGUCAGUGCUGACUACGGUCCUUCUUGUUCCCUCCGGGUUUAUAGUUUCAGGUAAACCUGAAAGGCAGUGAGCUGAGCACUGUGUGUGACCAGAUAAGGCAGAGAAUCCGCAGCUCAGUGAAACUUUCCUCCAGGGCCCUCCUGUGAGGACAGCGGGCAGGAAUGCCUUGCAAGGAGUGUGCACUGCAGCCGGGGAUCCCGCUCUUCAACACAGAACGUUCCCCCUGGACUUCAGAGGGUGAGACACCGGAGAGGAGAGCAUAGUAAUAAAAUUAAGCUGGACAAAAAGAAGAGGCAUUAAAAUUUCUGAAAUAUAUGAAAACAUGUCCACCUAUUAAGAGAAGUUAAAUUAGAAACUACACUAAGAUCCAACUUCUCAGCUAUUGUAGUUGGGAAAACUGCAAAAUCUAAUUUAUGGGUGAAAUUGUAGAAAAUGGCAUUUUACAUAUUAAGCUGCUGCCAAUAGAAAAAUGAUUAAAAACCAUGCUUGGGAAAUUAAACAGUCUGCAUGAAAUCUCUACAUGUGUUUGACCCAGUGAGCCCACUUUGAACACUACGCCACAAAAUUUGGAGAAGUGCAAAUAGCUAAAUGCUGAAGGUUACUGAAUGCAGCUGUUGGAAAUGGGACGUGGGAAAGAUUGUAAACAGCUCGAAUGUUCUUGAACAGGUUCCUCCAAAACAGGAGCCUUAAUAGCCAGGGCAGGAAGUAGGGAUAUCCUGCCCACCCAUUCCAGAGUGUACCCAGUGCCAGAAACACUGUGAUAAGUUGCUUCUGGUUCAAGAAAGCUCAAAACAGAAACAUAUUUUGCACGUAGGUUAAAGAAUGGAAACAACUUUGAAAUAAAAUGUCAUUUUUUGUUUCUUU